AUGGAAGGUUACCUGGAUUUUAAAGAGUCUUCAAAGGUGAGAGGCUGAUGCCAGAACUAAAAUAACACCUUCUACACAGAUUUGUAAUUAUCAUCGGUUAAACCUGUGAAAAGUAUCGCAGACGCGAGCACUGAACGCUAAAUUACUUUCUAUUUUUGAUACUUGACUGUUUCUCAGAUCUGAACGCAAAACAGCUCGUUACUUUGCUGCAUACAACAGUCAGCAAACAGUUAAUAUUUUAGUUAGUGAACUCCGAUACUGCGCGGGCGUUUAAACAAGUGUGUUUGAUUUGAAUAGCAGCCAAUGAUUACAAAGCAAGUUUCAACUCAUUAUAGUAGCCGGUUUAUAUUUAGAGUCAUUUGCUUCGAUGUUAACGAGAAUUAGUAAAGGCUUGUGGUAUUUAUUCUAUAAGGUCUUUGUGCAUUUCAUUUAAACUGACAAUGUUAUUUUAUGAGGAAAAGACAGGAAAUUCUCGCCAGCUUGAAUCGAACAACACUUCAGGAAACACGCCAGUCAUUUGGCGCUGUAACGUAUCUGACAGCGGUCCUUCUUGCGAAAUAAACCCGCGAUAACUUUUUGCCAGAACCUUAGAACUAUUGGCUUUAUUUCAUUUUUACUAUUUUACCACAAACACGUUUCAGUUCGAAGUGCACGAUAUACCUCGUUCAGACGACGGAGAAGUGAAUCUGAUCGUUUGAGGUCGCAGCUUUGGCAUAUUUUAGGGUAUCUAGCUAAUACCGCAAAGCUGAGCUCCAUGUGUCAGGUUGUUUCAGGUGCUAAGCCCUGCCAAAUGACGUGACUAUCUAUUAAGAUUUAAAUACCUAUUUUUUCCAAAAAUCAUGUGUCUUUUCAGGAACUUCAGCUGAUGAUACGAAAAAGAGCACAUAUACCUGACUAUUUGAAUUUGAUUUUAUAUUGACCUCUCUGCACCCUCGAACAUUUAUUUUUGCGGUCACAGAUCGAUGUAUUAGAACUCUGUUGCAUAUGUAAUUUCAUAUGUUUGAUUGUCGGUUCAGAGGCGAAAAUAGGCGAACGUAGUUAUGGAUGCCUAGCUUUGAAAGGCAACUUCGGAACAAAGACAGAAUUUGGACUGAAAGAAGAAAAUGUUACAAAAGUUACGCCAUUUGUUCAGUGAACCAAAAAAUCCGAUGCAAAAAAGGGCGAACUCAAUUUAUUAUUACGUCAUUGGUCCUCACAUCCUCCCCCGCAAAUGUGACAUCGUAGACAGGGUUUUAGCGGAAGAAAAGAGCGAGCGACGCAAAUUAAGUUGUAGGUCAUCAGCACGAGUAUAUUUGUGCUGAGUAAAUAUCGUCGUAAACAUCAAAAUUUACGUGGGAAUCGUUCACUAAGUACAAAAGACUUAAGCGAGGUAAGAGAACGUGAUUUAUCAGUUUGCUGUGUUCGGAUUGUGCGCGCAUACAGACGUGAAGUUCACUUCAAUUGUGGAUUACCGCGCGUCUUAGCUGGUAAUGAAUUUCGCUUAUGCAGAGAGUUUCUUUAUUGAAUGCAAUAUACCAAGUGCGUCAAAAUUCAUUUUUCCCGUUUUCGCAUGAGGUAAUCACAAAUAAGGUUAAUUCCUACACUUGUAGGAUGCAUUAGAAGUGCGAUGAAUUUCGCGUGUUUCGUCGUCCAAAUAUCGUCCACGACUACUUCCUUUCAUGCGGAUGAAGGCAAUCUAUACAGCAACACGACUCGACUUCAGGUUUUAGGCGAAAUUUCUGGCGAGCAUUUGAUUUUUUAUUGGUCUUAAAUAAAAAACCAGCGUUAUUGGUUGUCGAUAAAAGCUGCUCUUUUUUAUAUUUGGCACUGAGCGAGGUAGCGCGAUCAGCUGCAUCGCCGACCUUCCGUUGAUUUUUAGUGGAAGUUUAAUAUCAUUAGUUUUCUCUAAGUGUACCGCAUCGAAUUGCAAACCAUUAUCCUAAUGCUGAAGUAACCUUAGAAGCUACGGCUAAAUUAUCUUCCUUUUGGAACUAAAUUCCUUUAAAAUAAUGAUUUCAAUGCAAUUAGCCGGACAGUCAACAAAGAUAAGAAGGAGUGUGCGUUUGUCACGUUUGUGCACUUAACUUAUUACGCUUCGACGACAUUUGACUUCAGAAAGAUAAUUUGUGAGUAAUUCAACGAUUUGCUGUGUUCACAUUAACACGUCAAGCUAAUAAUGCCAAAAACCUAAAAUCGAGACAGCAAAGUUUAUUUAAAGUUUAUGAAAUUGAUGAUUACAAAACAAUUGAGCACACUUCGGUUCUUUGCACUGCUUUCAAAACAUUUUGUGAACUCUGCAUUUCAAGUACGUGUUUUUUUUAAGACAAAAAAUGAUUACUUCCUAGAAAGAAGGCAGAAUCCGCCGAUCUAAAAUUUUUUGCAAUUUACCAUAUUCACUCAAAAUACUCUGAUCAAGGAAAAAAAUUAAAAUAAUAAGAAUUCUCAACUCAACAGAAAGCUAGAGGAAUACUGUAAUUGUAAUUUACAUGCAAGAUAUAGGACAGAUAAUUGAGAUAGUUGCUGACCUAAGAAAGCUCCAUUCUGCUUCUCCCUUUUUGUUUUGUUUUGUUUUGUUUUUGGUCAUUUCAUUCCAUUUAACCUUUUUUUAAGCUGGCUUCCACUAGGAACCAAAAUAAACGAGAAUAAUAUUCAGUCGCCAAAGCACUCCUCAGGCCGAGUAUAAGAUGCAAGAAUUGGAGCCUGAAGUCCUAUUCUCUAGACGUUCUGCUUUAAUAUUAAUAGCGUGCAUGAAUCUGAGCUUUUAAAGAAAAAACAGUAGACUGUCAGAAUCACAAGAUAACGCCAAGAAAUAAUACAAUGAAUCAGAUUUUUAUUUGAUCAGUCACAUUGGUCGUGUUGCUUUCAUUUAUUAAAAAAAUCAGGCAGGUUCCUGGAUUUGGCACCUGAUUAGAUCUCUUAAGCCAUAUUUUUAUACAUUGUAGCUAACUUAUAUUAGAGCCUACAGUUCAUUUUUUGAAGUCAGCGCAACCUACAGAUUUGUAGAUAACUACCUAAUCUGUUUGGUGGGUGAAUUAUUUCCAAGAACAAUGUCAAUCAGUUCAUUGCGAUGGUGUGUUUGUCAUUAUUUCCUUCAAAACAGUGUAUGAUAAAGCAUUUAAUUAGAUUCAGUUUUUGUGAAUAAUAAUCAAGGCCUCGGUAAGUGUUAUCAGCCCAGACUUGGCCUCACCUGAAGAUGCUAGUGACACCCAUGGCUGAAAGAAUGGAUGUUAUGUACAUAUUUGUUUCUCAAAAAAUAUUGCUUGCCUUCUAUGCCAACAGCACAGUUCAUUUGUCAGUUAGAGACUCAGCCACUGCCUUUAUAUUUGUAUAUAUUGUACUCACUCUCUGUGUUCUCUACAGUUAAUUUUGGAAAUCAGUGUAACCUACAGAUUCUUUAGCUAUCUGAUGGCAGAUAACUGACUAAUCUGUGGGUUGUGUGCAAUGCAUGAUUUUUUAAGAGCAGUCUCAAUCUGUGCUCUGUGAGGGUUUUUUUGUCCUUAUUUUCUUCAAAAAUUUGUAUAAUAAAACAAGAAUAAGUUAUUAGAGUUGGUUUUUGUGACAUCCAGAAUAUUCAAGUAUUGGUAAUUAGCAUCAGCCUGAGCUUACUUACUUCUUACCUUUAUUAUUCUGGAUAUCACAACAACCUCAACCAAUAACAAUUUGUUUAAUAUCUUUGUGAGAUAGUUGCUACACUAGCAAGGUUUGGUUUACUCCUUUCAGACUUAAUAAAUGUGUAGUGGCUAGAAUAAAAAUUUGAAACUUAUUCUUUGUGUAAAAUACUUACCUUACUUUUGCCAAAGCUGCUAAGGCCUUGAUCCUGUGUAAAGUACAGAAAAACAAUUAUAUUAUUUUAUUUUAAAAACUGCAAUGCAAAAGUAUUCCUGUUCAAAAAGGUUUCAUCUCAGUGGUCGUGUCACAUAACAGGAUAAAUUAGUCCACAGAAUCAAAAGUUUCACAUCUCUCAUUUAAAUAAUUGACUGUGGAAAUAAAACAGUCAAAAGUUAAGGCCUAAGUUUGCAUUGUUAAUGGCUAAUGAUAGCAAUCGAUCAGCACAUAUCCAAACAAUGAACGAUAAGUAUAAAAGUACACACAGGUUUGUUCUGUUUUGUUACACACAUGAUGAACAUUAUAAUACCACCCUGCAGGACAUGUGGCCUAGCUCUCAUUAAUUACUAUCAUGAAUCUUGGUUGUUGGCUCUUAGCACCUCUUAUCAGAUCAGCUACAGCUUUUAUUUAAUUUGUGUCUAAUUACAGCUGUUUUGUUAUUGGAAACCUGUGAACUAUCCUCUGUUUCAUUUAUCUGUUAGAGAUAAGAAAAUCCCCUUUUGGCUAAGGUUUAUUUUUCACAGUAGACACACAACUAAUGCUAAUUUCCAAUGAGCUGCAGCUUUGGACCCAACUGAGCAAAUUUUGUUAUCUUCAAACACUUCCUGUUUGUUUUUGCUUUGAUGAGUGGCAGAUAUGGUGGCCCACAACUGUCACGGCAAAACCAAAAACCUCAUGGCUAAAACAAAAUAGCAAAAUAGCUUUAGGUUUGCCAUGGGUAUUUGCUUUUGCCGUGAGGUAUUUGGUUUUUGCUGUGAAGUGUUUGGUUUUGCCGUGAGGUCUUUGGUUUUGCCGUGAGGUUUUUGGUUUUGUCGUGAGGUAGUUUGUUUUUGCCAUGAGGCUUUUGGUUUUGCUGUGAGCUAUUUUGUUUUUGCCGUGAGGUUUUUGGUUUUUGCCAUGACAGUUGUGGGCCACCAUACGCAGAGGUAUGAGUCCUGCAUGAAUCAUCUGUAUGGUCACUUAUAGUCUACAGAAAUUUGUCUAAAACAAACCUUGCAGUGAGUUCCUUAUGCCCAAAUAUCCAGUGCCCAAUUUCCAAUAAUCACUGAUAAUUGCCAAGGCAAAUUAACGUUAAGUACACGUGUAUAAUUAACUUCAAUUUUAUUAUUGUAAUCUUGAGAAUGUUGUAUAUAUCUCAUACACAUAUUUGAAAAAAAAAAACAACAGCUAAUGGUAAUGUAUGUUGCAACAUCUGCCAUUAAGGGCUCAUUUAUAUAUUGUAGAAGCAUCUUCAACCAAGCUUUACAGGCUGUACAUACAUGUAGGCAUUUCUCUUUUAAGUUGUCCAACUCCUGAUCUUAAAAGCUCAACUCCAAAUUAUUAAGUGCUGUACGUGCAGUUUGUUCUACUUAAUAAUUAAGUUACACAUAGCAGACCCAGUAGAUUAUCUUGUUUCUUAUCUUUUUGUCCAUUUUUAAAAGUUUGAAUUAUAUUAUAAGUUAAAAACAAUUUUAACACCAAGAAUGUUAUGCAUCUCACCUUUGGUUUAUAUUUGCCUCACGUGCAGUAAAGGCUUAUUGCCAUGGUGUCUAUCCAUUGGCAAAGACUAAGUUUAAUCUCCUUUUGGCACCUCUCUGUAUAAUUUAUUUAAUAAUCUUGUGUUUCAGCCAUUAUCUGACAACCUGGCGGUGGGCUGCAGUCCAGGCAUUGUAGCGAUGUAGAGAUUAGUCUAAGACUAUUUUGACAAACCUAACCCUGAAUAUAUAUAUUUUUCUUUUUAGUGGGUGACUUAUUGGGUUGUGAUUCGUGGAUCUCAGCUGGUUUUCUUUGCCAAUGCGGACACUCAUAUUACAGAAAAUGUAAGACAGUAAUUAAACUGUGAUUAAAUUUUCUUGUAAUUUUUCUUGUACUUUGUUCAGCUAAUUCAUGACUUUUAACAUCUUUAUGAGGCCAAUUUUUAGCACACUGGAUCCUUCUUUGUGGUAAAUUUCAUUCUGGAUUUUUACCAUUUAUUGCAAAUGUCUAUAAAAAUUUGAUUAACUGUAUUGUAUCUAUGACUAUAAAUUUAACACAAAAGUAAUGAGGACAAACCAUUGCUUUUGUUUGACACCAACAUGUAUGUUAUGAUGACAAUGAGCACUUUUUCCUGGGGGGUGACUAAAAGCCACAACAAAGUUAAUAUUAAAUUACCACAGUGUAACAAUAUUUUAAACUUCAGUUGAACCCGGCCUCUACAUGUACAAUGGCCACCUUUAGGGACAGAAGAAAGUGGAGGUUAUAAUGUGGUGGCUGUUGUAAAGAGGUUUUAAACAAGAGUCAAUGAAUGAAUUAUUUGUCUGCUGGGACAAACAAGUGGCCGUUAUAUAGAGGUAGCUGUUGUGCAGAGCUGACUGUUAGUGGAGGUUCGACUGUAUCAAAUUUAAAAUUACAAUUUCUGCACAAUACUCAUUUUCAGUGUAAGACGUCAGUGCAGAUCUUUAUCCCCAGGGAACUCUUUGCUUUGAAUGUGAAAACCAUUUUUUUCUCCUGUGAUACUGAAAAAUAUAGACAUAACUUAAUUUCAAAAUGUUUAACAAAUAAUAUACCUCUGAUUUUGAAUAAAUUGUUUCCCCCUAUUUUUAGGCUAAAGGUCAUAUAGACCUCGGGCCAAAAUCCAGUUUUGUGGAUGGUAAACGCAAGGCAAAAGACAAGUUUGAGUUUGAAGUAAAGGCAGAACGUGGCAAGAAAUAUUUAUUUAGGGUAAGGCAUUCUUUGGAGAUUUUCAAAACCCCUCCAGCUUCCCCUACCUGCCUCACCUCUUCACACUCUGUUAUGCAUAAGGCCCCCACAAUUCUCAACCUGCUAUCUUGAAAAGAGUGUCUGGUUUCAGAAAUGAUAUUUUUUUUAUGGGGAUGGAACAUUAACCCAUGGGACAACACCCAACCUGGAGGGCCAGGCGUUGCAAUUAUUCUUCUGGUCUUUCAGUCAAAGCCUGCCCAGCACAGUUGAACCCACCAGGGACCAAGGUCCCAUUUGGUUUAGCUUCCAGUGUCGUGUCAUCAAGGCGCACAAACCUCCCCAUCACAUUAAGGUGCAACACUAAGGGAGCUAAUCUUUCAAGGUGUGUACAUGUAUAUUAGUUAUAGUAAGUUUGGGGAAGCAGACUGACCAAGGAAUGGCUAGCCUGUUUUACUUGCAAUGCAGGCCCCCUUGAUCAAGUCCCACUCAAAAUUCAUUUCUUGAGAAUCCUGAGUUCAAUGUUAUCAAUAUGGUUUAUUUCCCUGUAGUUGGAGUUUUAAAUAUAACAUACUAGAGGUAAUCAUAUUACCCAUCCGCAUUCGUCACUUACGGAAACAAAAUUGAGUCGAAAGGAGUCCAGUUUCCCGGCCGUGAUGCACCUGGUAGAAUUAAUAGGGGCGGCUAAUUUGCAGUCACCUAUGAUAGCUCGAAAAUUUCUGCCUUUGUGCUACAGGAACACUAUAUUAGGAUGUGUUCUGAUGAACGCAAUAAUUUGAGCCAGGAAUUUCUAAGUGGGUGUCCAUGUACAUCUCGACUCUUAAUUUUUUUCCUAAAAAUCUGAGCAUCCACAGGACACCAGGCUACAUUACCCUUGCUCUUGGCCUUUUUGCCAGUUUCAUCACAAUGGUCGUUAUAGAGCAUUUUCAUUCAUGUAGCCAGCAUCUAUUGGAACAAAAAAAAGCAUUUAUGUAAGAAGAGAGUUCAUCUCCCACAGGAUUUGUUUGGAACACUAACAUGGCCACCAUUUCAUUUCAUUGGAGCACCAAUAUGGCCUCUAUGACAUCAUGUGAAAAUGCUAAAUUUGCAAAAACUUUUCACUUAAGUGAAGCAAAAAAUAUCAUUUGAAAGAGUCACGGCAGAUGGCUCUAAAUACACUUUUUGAUAAUUUCUUGUGCUAAUGAUAAUGCCUUUGUUGCUUUGCAGACAACUACAGACCGCAGCCGUCUUCAGUGGGUACAUACACUUCAUCUUGCCGCUCAGGUAAUAAUUUUGUUUUUAAGUCUGUCAAGUUGUUUUGGAUGACUUGAAAUUCAACAUUAUGCUGACAGUAUUUAUCUGUAAUAGUAAAACUACCGGUAAUGCCCUAUUUGGAGAGCAAGGGAUGGUUCAGUACUCCGGUACUUGCCUCCCACCAAUGAGGCCUGGGUUCCAAUCCUGCCGUCAACAGCAUAUGUGGGUAGAGUUUGUGAUUGGUUUCUCUCCUUUGCUCUGAGGGGUACCCCAGGUGGUGUUUCCCUCCCCUCAAAAAGCAACAUUUCCAAAUUCCAAUUUGACCAGGAAUCGGGUAGAAAAAGAACCACUGUGUAGAUUACCUCUAAAUCAUUAUUUACAUUGUAUUUAGUUAUUUACUUUAUUUAUCAUUUGUCUCAGAGGCUUGCCAUCCAAAAAUUAAGGCUGUGCGCUGCAAAAAAUUGAAGGGAACCCAGGGCUCUGAACCUCUGAAUUCCAGGUUGCCCAGGGUAGUACUUCUAUUAAAAAGCUGAGAUAUCAUAGUUCCCACCCAAUAGCAAAGGGGUCACCGUGCACUGCUACACCUGUAGAUCGAGAGCCCAACCUUGAAAAAUACAUUCAUUGUAUACAUUCACUGGGUAAGGAUUUACAAGUAAUCAACUGGGGCUUAAAGAUUUUUCUUCCUGAUAUUAUGCAAUUAUUGAAUUCGGUUUUUGAUCAUCUGAAGAAUUAUGGAGUUCUUGAAGGGUGUCAUCUGCCUCGGCAUCUUUAUGGCCUCGGCAGAUAACACCCUCCAAGAUCUCCAAAAUACUUCAGAUGCUACAAAAACGGUUACGGAAUCCAAUGAUUGUUUUAUUUUUUGCUCAAAAUAAUUCCUAGUUUAAAAUCAAGCUAAAACAUGCUUACCUUCAUCGAUGUUAAGUUCAUUUUUGAUAGUACAUGUUUGCCAGCAACUUUAGGAGAUGAAGGGUUGUUUAGUUCUGCAAAUAUUCUUCUAAUGGCAGAUGUUGUCCAUUGAGUUGUCUUCUUGCUGUUCUUGCUAUGUUUAACUUUUUAGCCAAUAGUUCGCCUAUUUCUUACUUGUGAAAGGAGUAUUAUAAAAUGCUCUGCCAUUUUGUAUCUUGGUUAACUGUUCAAUAAUCUGGCAAUUUUGCUGCACGAUUGACUUCAUCAGUUCACAUAUUGCAAAAUUCUUCCAAAUUUGGCCAACAGUAACUGGUUAUGAUGAAUAUUAUGCCUUGGAUUUUAGCGAAUCAGAAAUGGCGAAAUAUUUUGAAUGAAUAAUAAGCAAUAUUAUCCCAAACUUGACCUGUAUGGAGAAGCAGAAAGUGAGUUACAUGAUAUGUACUCCCUAUAAACAGCACAAGAAUGUCUUGCAUACAUAUGGUAGUUGUCAGGUUAGCCAGUUGUCAUCAAUUCCCUGGUUGCUAUGGGUUGCCUUUUUUUCAAUAAGUGUAUUGUUUUGAUUGCAGGGAAAACCCCCUCCACCACUGAUUGUUGGUAAUCUAGACUGUGGUGAAUCAAAGACCUCACCUACAUCAAGAAGUCCAACCGAGAACCAGUAUACUGAAGGUUAACUGUUCUUCUGUUUUUUUUUUCCACACAUAUAUGAGCAGCAAUUUGUUUUAUUUAUUAAUGUAAAUUUUACUGGUUUGGCAAUUACCAUGAUGUCUAAAUUCCUUGCCUUCAGUAAUUAAAUCUAGUUGUACUAUUCUCUUGGAAUUCUCCCUUAAAAUUAUCAAAUUUCCAAGUUUCCAAGUGAGCAGAUAAAAUAUUAUGCAGAGUACACUAUUUUUCCUUGCAUGCUUGGUUGAAAAGGCUGUCAUUAAGGUUAGCAUUGACAGAUCUAGGGGAGUUGCUCAACCCCACCCUUCGCCCUUAAGGAGAUCCACUGGGAAGGGGGGAAAAUGGAAGAAAAUAGGGAGAAAACUUGCCCCCUUAACACAUUAAGACUUGGCUGAGUAUUUAGACAUUAUAUUAAUGGUCACCUUUAUUUUACAGUUCCCGAGUUUAACAUACCUGUAAUUGGUGUGACAGAGGAGGAAAUGGCAAAGUCACUUUUGAAGAAACACAAUUCAUUUAGCAGCCAUUGUAAAAAGCUCUUGGGUCGCAAGAAAUCUGAUGGCUUGAGUAAGAGCUUUAAUGCUGCGGUAAGAGAGAUUCUGUGCUAGCAGGUUUUCAAACAAGUGGGGGAGUGUUUCCACUGCUGUCCAGACACUGAAAGUGUGCUUAUCCUUUACAGUCAAGUCUCGCCUUGAGAACACCCUGCUAUAACAGACACCCAAUACAUAAUACUAAUAGCAGCUAAAUCCCAGGCAAAAAAUUUGCAACCACUUGACUGAAAUAUAAACUUCCGUUAAUAUGAACUCUCACCAAGGAGGACACUAAAUCGGGUCCCUUCAGUGUCCAUUUUAAAAUGAGUUGACUUUAACCCUCCGGUCAAAAUUUAAUUCUCAUUUGUUGCCCAAAUUCAUUGCCUAUAGUGUCCGUUGUAAAGAGAGUUGACUGUAACCCCUCCGGUCAUAAUUUAAAUUCUCAUUUGUUGCCCAAAUCCAUUGCCUAUACAAGUAGUAUGGAGAAGUUGAUAAAAAAUCAAGCAAAUUUAUCUUGUGUGAUUAUCUCCUUAAUUCUCAUGAGUACUCUGCUGUAAACAGCAUUGAUAUCACAAAGAAGAAUUUGAUGCUUGUCACUCUUAGGGCUUAAAGGGUUAAAGGAGUGUAACUAAGAAACAUCAAAGGUCCCACUUCACCCUUGUGAAGCAGGGAAAGUGUCCACAACCAGUCAUGGCAGGCUCACUGGAAUGAUACUUGUAUGCAGCUACUAAAGGGAUAAAGAAUAUUUUGAUGAUAAACACUGCUUAUACAGGAACAGAAAAUACCACACCACUGUACAGCACACUAAGCUGUGACCAUUUUGGUUGCCAACAAAUUUUUUGCCUAAAAAAUUGUAGUGAAAGCCAGCAAUUUGGUGACUUCUGUUUGGCAGUCCUGUGCAACUGGCAGUGGUGUAGUGAAAUAUGCCUUUGCAUUGCAACACAUAAUUCAUGCUCUGUUUUCUUUACGUGUAGUUUGCCAAUCUUACUCCAUCUGUCUGGGUAUGAAGCUCUAAGAUGUGGCGGCCACUUUGCUUGUGUCAAACCCUUACUUGGUCUGCUACAUAGCUGUUCUUUUUGUUGUCACAAAACACUCCUGCAUGAUGACAUAAAGAACGGCUGUGUAGCAGACUAACCCUUAGUAUAAUCUCACUACGUCCUUUCUUAUUCUAAUGACUAAUCUCUAAUAACUGACAACCAUUUAACUAUUAUACAUUGAUAUUAACAUUAUGUUGAGGUGUUUGACAUUAGAGGAAACACUCUUUCUAGUAUUUGGAGUUAUAGCUUGAAUUCUCAAAUUAAUAAUAUUUAACAAUAUUAUUAUAAUCCAUUUAUUUAAUUAGCUACCAUGCAUGUAACCCCUAGUAAACCAUUAAUUUUAUAACUUUUGUUGUCAGGAUUUAAGUCGUGAACCUGUAAUGGAAGGUGCAGAAGCAGCCAAAGAAGAAGCUUUUUAUGACAUUGUUCCAGGCAACAAACCUCCGUAAGUUGAUGUGGCUGUUAAAGGUCAAAAUUAAAUUCAGGUUAAAAUUUUUUAACCUACAUGAAGGUUGAUUUUCUAUUUCCUUUGUCUCCCAGCCCUAAUUAUUCAUGAAGAAUUGAAUAAUUGCGGCUAGGAGACAAAGCAAAUUGAGAAUUAACCUAGGUUAAAAGUUUUUAACCUGAAUAUAAUUUUGACCUGUAACAUAGCCAUGACUGUAGCCGUAAAGACAUUAUGUGCUCAAAUUAAGUGUACUAUACAUUCUUGUGUACAUUAUGCAUUUCAGUAUGUACAGUGAAUUUAAUAUGAACUUACAUUGUAUCUCUCCCAAUGAUUUUUUUGUGCUACAGUUAAUGUAUUUUAGAAGAAAAAAAAACAAAGAAAAGUAAAAUUAAAACAAAGGAAAGAUUUGAACCAAACACAAUACUUUUGUACAUUGAUGCUAAAAUACUUUGAAAUUGUUUUUAUUAUGAAUCAGUUUGGCACCCAGUUCCUUUUUAAAUUGUUCAUCAGUACUAAUGAAUACUUGAUCCUCUGCAUCUAAUAAUUUCUACACCUAGAACUUUCACAGAUUAAAAAUCCAAAAAUUAAUGCAGUUGUAGAAGUAAAGGUAUGGAAUCACUGAGAUGCUAGCAUUGUAUGGAGAGCUUCCAAAAACAGUUUGAAAUCCAAGUGAUAGGUUAUAAGCUACACUGUAUUACUGGUAUUUAGAAAAAAUGCCAGCUGUUAACUUUUGCACUUGCUGACUCUCUUUUGCAGCUGGUACUUUGGAAAAAUUUCAAGAGUUGAAGCUGAGUCUAUUCUUGAGAGCUGCCAACCGGGAAGAUUCUUGGUGCGAGACAGUGAGACUGUAAAUAAACCUGGAGCUUAUACUCUCUCACUCAAGUGAGUGGCCAUUUUGUAUUUGAUUUGCACAUGUAUGCUUUAAACUUAUAGUUUUCAGACCACUUAAUUUUUGCCAUACCGUAAACUGCCCCUUAUAAGCCCCCAGUUAUAAACCCAUGCAUCUACCUGUAAACAAAAAAUACAUCCAAUUAUACCCCCCUCCCCCGAUAUCAGCCCCGCUUCCGAUAUGUAUCGAAAUGAAUUUGAUGUAUCCUGAUGUUUUAAAGCUUAAUAAUUAAAAACCAGUAAAUGCAAGGCGUAUUCUGAUCUACACUGCUAUUGCUUAUUUCAAAGUGCUUUUUCUAUUUUGGUCAUAAGUGGGUAUAAGACUCCCUAAGAUUAGGGUUAGGAAACUGAGUUAAUCAACUUUCUGGUCAGUUUGCCCAGUAUAAUGACUUGAAUGGAACCUGAUUCACUCAGUUUCCUAACCCAGGGUUCGCAAAUACACCAAAUUUGGCGUAUUUUACGCGAAACUUGUUCAGAUGACUCCACUGAGGUUACGGAGGGAGUCACUUCGACUCCAGAAAUUUUCGGUAACAAACAGGGAGCCACUUCGACUCCAGAAAUUUUCGGUAACAAACACAGUUUUGUCCUUACCUUUUUCGCAACAAAUACAAUUUACAUUAAUUGUAAACGUUGUAAACCUUAAUUAAAUCAUCGAAAUUAAAGAAUUAUACUGCACAACAAAACAAGAAGAGGGUAAUGCACCUAUCAAUGUAAACCCCGUGGGGGAAAUGGGCAAGGGGUGGGGAUUUGACAAAUUUUAAAAUUUUUUGAUCAAAUUCCCCAGGGUGGGAAACGAAAGGUCAAUCAAAAGUGUCAAAAAAGCCCCCACCCCAGGGGAAAAAAUCUAAACAAACAAUGCUAUAAUACUGUAUAAAACGAAUUAAAAGAACAUUUCAAAAGUACGUCCUUACUAAACGUAAGCUCCGUUAAAUUACUCGCUGUAAUUAAGUAUUUUCUCUCUCCACUAGCGUCUCUUAUUUUGAACAACAAAAUCACUCUAGGAAGAUUGACCGUGCUAUUAUAAUAUUAAUGAAAUGUAAAAUACUUUUAAUAUAACAUCUGCUCAACUUGUCGGAUCAGUGACCCGUAAAAAAUCCUCUGACUUUCAUGGUGGAAUUCGAUUUCAAUUGAGUUUUACAAUCAGAUGGGAACUUGAAGAUAAAACUUUCUCAAAAUAGACAUUAUCUGUUUAGAUGACAGUUUAAAGUAUGGGAUUAUGGCGAUUAAAACAAAUGAAAACCUCACACCUUUCUCCAACAGCGUGACUUUCAGAAAGCCUCGAGGGUUGGAUUUGGUAACCGCUUCUGAAUUGAUACCAGGCUUCUGUCAGUCAAAGUCAAAUGUCCCGACCCUGGGGUCGCUUCGCACGAUCAAAAGCCCAACAUGGGGAUAGUCUCUGGCAUCAAAUCUCCUCCCCUUGCCCGCACUCCCCCCUCACGGGAUUUACAUUGAUAGGUGCAUAAAUUACGAUCAAAGUUUACUCGAUGACCGCCAUCAUUUGAGCUUUCCAAGUCAGCGGACCACGAGAGCCACUUCGUGUAUCCCUCACGAUAGUGUAUACAGGCCAGGACCACGUGCUUGAAAGUCUGAAAAUGGCUUUUUUCGCUGUGUUACUUGACUCCAAAUAUUCCAAAAUGACUCCAACAUUUGUGAAGCAGAAGUCACAGUGACUCCACUCAUCAAUAAAAUUUGCAAACCCUAGGCCUGCUAACCCUAAUCAAUAAAGUUCAGAGUCGUUUGGUGGGUGGUCUUGGGGAGUCGUAAGGGUCUUUGUUUUGAAGACACCCGGUCAUAAGCCCCCUUGGAUGUAAGCCCCUCUGUUUAUGAGCCCCACUAAAACCCUUCUACAAAGUGGUUCAAGUCCAGGGCUUAGUAGUGGCAGUUUAUGGUAUUCAUCUGGGCUGAGUUGUUCAAAGCUGGGUUAAGAUAACCCAGGGUUAGUGCGAGAUUUGAAUUCAGAUUUGAAAGCUUAAAAAGCAUUUCAGUUUUAAUUCUUUUUGUCUAUAAGUUGAUGAUUGGAAGCUCUUAAAAUAACAGAGAAAAUUAUCCCGAGAAAAAUGCUAUUGAACGCGAGAAAAGGAAACCAGGGUUAAAUUUAACCCUGGGUUAAGUGCUAAUCAGCCUUUGAACAACUGGGCCCUCAUCUUAAAGCAAAAUUAAUUUCAUGUUAUUUUAUACCUGACUGUUAAACCUAAUUAUAGCAGGAAAUUUUGAACUUACCAAGAAUUUACUCUUUUGCUGUCUCUGCAGUUUUUACGUCAAUGUUAACUGUUAAUCUGGUCUUUCUUCCUGAUGGUCUAGGCAUCAUGAUAGAUGUCGGCACCAUAAAAUAGAAACUUUGUAUCCAGAGGGAAACCUUGUAAUUAAAGGACAUGAGGUAAGUGGAGAAACAGUAAUAAUAUUUAAUAUCAACAGCCCUACAGUCAUACGGUUGUAAAAAAAGACGGUGAAAUGAGUAUAAAUGUAGUAAUCUUGCUUCCUGGUACUAAACUCAGACUUGGAUCACCUUAUUUGCGCACCUACCAGACAAUAAAACCCAUUGUUAUUCCCAUAAGCAGUGUUCUCCCUAAAUUUUAGCUCAGCAGGUAAGAGACCAUUCUUGACUGGUUAUGGCCCAGAGGGGAGGGGGGGUUUCGCGUUCAUGAAGGCUUCUAUUUUUGAGUAUCCUGUCAACCAAUUGACCGAAAAGUAUUUUAAACACCUCAAAACAAAGAAUUUUUUGAAUAAAGGCUGCCUUUGCCACUAGGGUCAAUUUAGUAACACAAGUCACAGAAGUUGCGAACUUUUCCUGUUGGUUGAGAAAGUUUAGAAUAGGGAUAGAAGCCCAGGAAAAAAUUGUUAGCCUGCAGCACUUCUAGAGGCACCAGUCAACAUUUAAAUAAAGUAAUCAGAGAGAAUAGCUGUGUAUACUCGUUGUUUUUUCGUAUUUACUUCCUUUUCUUGUGAGCAUCGGCUUGGAUCACCAUUUAAGUAUUUUUUUUAAACAACUUAUUUAAUUUUAGUAACACUUCAAGCUGUUGCAGUUGGUACGAAAUUUUUGCUUCAAGCAUUAAAUUUUACCUGUUACUGCCUGAUAAGGAGAACACUGAUAAGUAAAAUGCAUGAUCUAGUCGUAGUUGUCUACUCACUCUCCUUGUUUUACUCAUUUUUAAGUUUUACUUUUCAAAGGAAAAAACAAGUGCAUAUUAUAAUGAGCUAAAAGUUCAACUGUUGUGUACUUGUUUCAUUUCAGGAUAAGACUUUUCCAAAUCUUGCAACAUUAAUGAAAUAUUUUGCAAAGAGCCAGGAAAAAGAAAUCCACCUAACACCGGUAGUUUGCCAGGAACCAGAAGGUAUGUUAAACAAAUGUUUCGAUACAUCAUUGUCGCAGUUGUGAAUUCUUCAUCGAUUUAAUUAUCUGUAUUUUCUCUUGCGUUAUCAGCAGUAUUCAUACCAUAAAAGUUUUUGAGCCUACAAACAAACAUUCUCUAGAAUGAUCUUCAUUCAUUUCAUUAAAGAUCUCAUAACCCUUUUUUUCUUGAUGAUUUACAGGGUGUAGUGAUAUUGUUAGGAUAAAAUAAUAUUGAUAUUGGUCAUGCAGCCUUGGGACUGAAAGUGUUCUGCCCUGACACCAACCAACAUUAUUAAUUCUCCUCAUUGUUCUCUCCAUUUAUCUUAAUAUUAUACUGCUAGAAAGCUGCUUACAGAUUAGUAUUCUCAUGCCUGAUUAGUAACAUUUCAGAUACACCACUGUAUAUUUCUGGUUUUCCUAGUUGUUUGAGUUUGACAGCAAAUCAAAGAACGAUUGGAACCACAACAUACAUAAAUACUGACUUAAAGAGAAAAAAUAGUGAAAAACAAAGGUUAUUAAAACCCUGUGGAUAUAUAAUUUAUGGCCAAUAUUGCCACCUUGCAGAUCAAGCUACUGCCUCCCCAAGCACCAGUAGCCAUCCAGAUCCAGAAGCAAGUUAUGAAAUAAUAGUGGAUCAAGUUGACAGUGAGUACUUUUAAGUUCUAAAGAGCAGGUCCCACAUUUACCCUUCAUCAUAAUUAUCAUCAACUGAUUCUUGUUCUGCUUGUUUAUCUUCUGUAGUUUAUAUUAUUUUCUGAGAUUUACACAGGAUACUUGCUUUUGGACUGCACCCCCUACCCACUAUCACUCACUACCCCCCACCCCACCCCCCCUCCCCCAUCGAAUGCACUCCCCUAAUUUGCAGUUAUUACCAGUUCUGGGAUUUACGCAGGACACUUGCUUUUGGACUAGUCAGUUUAGGCAAAGGAAUAUCUGAAAUAACAAUACCCAUUGACUUUCAGAAAGUCCUUUGUACACUGUAGUUGGGCAGUUGGUUUUUUUUUUUUUAUCAGUUUUUAACUGCAUUAUUCACUUGGGGCACCCAUAAUGCUCACUUACGCUUUACAUGCUCACGUUAGAGUUACUGACAAAAUUUUAACCCCAUGUCACUGAUACAUUUAAAAAUUGGCCGACUUGGUGUAAGUCUACAGUAUCUAAAAUGAAAAGUUUUCUCCAUCUGCUGUAUCCCUUUCAUUAAAAAGUUGAAAAAAAAAAUCAUUCCCACCAUUUUUCUGAUAAUUUGUUUCACUUUACAGAAUACUCCUUCUCUAGUAAUGCAUCCUCAUAACUUGUAAAAUCCAUGUAAAUUUUGGCUUUGUCUCCAUUAGGCCGCCCCCCUGUUCCUGGAUGUGAAGGCAAACCACUCGCUGAGAGUAAUGAAAACUUGCCUCGUAAGUAAAAACUACAUAGUGUCUCUUUUCAUAAGGAUUACAUGGCAACACUUAUGAGAGAAUCCAGCGAUCUGCCUGAAAGUCGCUUGGGGAUUUUUUCUAGUUACCCCUUCAAUUAUACUACUGUUUGACUUGUGGACUCCAGAAAUAUUGGAAUUGGAGUUGUUUAUAAAUUCCAAUGCUAUUACAGCCAGGAUGUACAACACAAAAAAUGGAAAAGAAUGUUGAUAUAUCCAAGUGCCAGUAAACUUGCAGGGGUACUAAGUGAUUUCUGUUCAACGGCUUGAUUCUCUUUUCAGAUUGCCUUAUGUUUGCUUGUGAUUAACACUUCGACUUAGGAUUAAGGGUCACGUUAAUGAUAUUAAGGACUUUUAUAUUAUUGUUUUCUCAUUAGUAAACUAUUUCUUUAAAAAUGCUGACUUUGUGGCUAUACAGUGGUCUCCCAAUAACUCUAACCCUCGAUAACUCGAACCUCCCACUAACCUCGAAGUAGUUUUUGUUUCCCUUCAGAUUAUUCCUAUAUAAUUUUACCCCCGAUAACGCGAACCAUGUUUUAAGCACGUGACAAGCUGAAAAAAAAAAUGGUGUACCAAUGUACAGAAAUCCGAAGCACUGAAUUUAUUGCAAACCAACCAUGUCAAUUCUUUGUUGUUACUUUUUUUGUCACUCCACUUCAAAUUCAGUGUCCAUCCCUGUGAAGUGUGCAUGAUGCUUGCAUUCCCUCCUCAUCUUUUUGCUUAUUUGCUUCCUGUUAUUUGAUUCGAACUCCCAAUAACUCGAACUUUUUUCCAUUUCCCUUCAAGGUUCAAGUUAUCGGGAGUCAACUGUAUUUUAUUUUUAUCAAUUAACAAUUUGUUCCGGUAUUUGUUCAUUCUCAGCUAGGAAACUCCCUCACGGAUAUGAAAAUGUUCCUGAUAAGCCAAGAGGUAUGCUCAAACACAUUUUAAUAACAAGUACUGUGUACAUGAGAACCAUGUGAAAAUUAAAGUGAAGUCAAGUGUGGAAUGGCAUUUGUCCCAUAUAAUUAUGCAUUUAAUAGUAACUAUGACAAAAUUCUCCAUCCCAUAAUCUAUUCCUUGCUGCUGUGUGGUGGCUUUCAUGCCCCAAUAACCCAGAGAGCUGAGAUUUCUGAAUAACUGACAACCUACUCCUCGGUUAAGUCAAAAUUAACACUUACUUCUCACUUAGAGCAAAAUUGUGCCUUUGGGGAGGGGUAGGUGGUCAGUUAUCCAGAAACCUCAAUUGAUCUCAGAUUAGUCUACUAGCAGAUAAUUAACUGAUCUGUAGGUUGUAAUGAUUUUAAACAAUAAUUAUUGGAUGAGGUUUUUGUGAUGUCCAGAAGAAUCAAGGUCAAGGUAAGUGUUUUCAGCUGAGCCGAAGGCCGAGGCUGAUAAUACUUACCGAGACCUUGACUAUUUAGGAUAUCACAAAAACCAAAUCUAAUAAUGUUUUAUUAUACAUUGUUUUGAAGAAAAUAAUGUCAAACGCACCGUCGCAAGGAACCUGUCAAGUGAAUUAAUAUUGUUAUUGGAAAUCAUGCAUUGCGUGCACAACCUACAGAUUAGUCAGUUAUCUGCUAGUAUAUAACUAACUAAUCUGUAGGUUGUGCUGAUUUCCGAAAUUAGCUGUAGGCUCUUAACCAAUGAGAAGACAGAUAGUGAGUACAAUGUAUAAUUAUCAAAGUUAACUGAAGGCUUUUAGCCAAUGAGAUAACAGAUAGAUGUAUACAGUGUAUAAUAAUGUUAAUAAUAGUGUGAUUACUGACCGAAUUGGACACCACUCAGUUCUGAUCCUAUUAUUAAUUAAUGAGAAAAUCAUGGUUAAGUCUAUGUAGAAUUUAAUUGCCAUGGAUAGUAACAGUUUUAGUGAAAGGUUUUUUUUAGAAUUUUAAACAUGAGGUCCAAGAAGGCAAAGUAGAAACCAGUCAGAUCAAUCCUCUCAUUAAACCCCUUUGGAUUGUUGAUUUUCUCUUCUAGCAAAACCACCUUUGCUGAGUCGAAACACAGAACCAGUUCUUCCAAUGCGUGGUUAUGAAAACUUGCCUCCCAAAGGUUUGUUAAUAAUUUUAAUGAUAAAGUAACAAGUAGGUUUAUCACUUACUAUUGGCAUUCAGGCCCCGUCCAAACGAAUCUGUCUGUUUCAAAACGGAUAUUUUUAACCGUGGUUUGGCCUACUGUCCACAAUUACCCCCUGAAAACUGUCAAAAAAGCACCUUUUCAAAAGCUCUCUCCAUAGUGGAGAUUUCUGUAAACGCCGUUUUGCUGCACUCGUGUAAAUGGAUGACAACGAAAUUACGCCAGGCUGUAAAAUACCAGUAAAUGCGCAUGCUCCCAUCAAAGAUGGUACCGUUUUUAGUCACGAUCGCGUUUUCGUGUGCACGGGCAAAAACGAUUCAAAAACGCAACGUGUGGACGCGGAUUUUUUUGAAAAGGAGAAAAAAAUCUCCGUUUUCAAACAAACUUGUGGACUUGGCCUCAAUGUUAUUUUGUUGCUUCCAAGUCGUGUUCAAAAUGGACAUUGACAAAAUCUGGAUUGGAACAGACUGAAUGGGAUUCACAACCCAGAUCAGAACUCAUGACCCAAACUCAAUCCACAGGGUGGCAAAGGGGUUUUCCGUGACGCGUGAUGGGACCGAAAUUAUCAGCGUGAUGCGUGAUCAUGCCCAAAUUAGCUGCGUGAGCCGUGAUUGGGCAUAGCAGCGUGAUGCGUGAAAUUGGUUUACCGCUGGUUUCACUGCCACCCUGCUGGUUGACAAGAAUUCCUUUGGGCCCUCUCACAUGACUACGAACCAAGACCACCCUUAGGGUUGAUUUCCACUGUCGCCUCAUUUUUCCGCGUGAACGCACGUAAAAUUUACGUACGUAAAUGAAAUAGAGCCAAUAUAUGAAAGGCCAUGGGUAAACAUAAAAGUUGAGCGAGGUUCAACUUUUACGUAUACACGUGACCUUCUAUACAUUGUCUCUAUUUUAUUUAUUUUAUUUUAAGCACAUUUCUAGAUAUUGCAAUGCACUUGAUUGCAAAAACAAGUGAUUUCUAGAGUUAAUUCCGCUUAUUCCGGAAGACGUCUUUAUGAGCAAGUCAAUGAAAGAUUGUUUGUAGAGGGAAAGUCAGAGUUGAAACUGGUGUAAUGAGUCUGACGCUUUUGAAUUCCGAAACUUUGAUUGUAAACUCGUACUCAUGUGAAAUUUAAUUUCUUCCUCCCGUUCUUUUUUUCAUUCACAGUAGGCAACAGAAGUCCAGUUCUCCGUGAGCCAGACUCUUACGAAACUAUGGAAUCACGUGGUUAGUGAAUUUGUUUCUGUCUGUAGUAAGCAGAGACCUUUAGAUUCGAGGACAAGAACGACUAGGAACAGUACGAGAUUUAACUUAAAGUUUUUUCGCGUAUUCUAAAAAAAUAGAUACCCCGGAAAGCUUCAUUGUACUUUUUUUUCAUUAGAAAAGAUAGCAUUGUUAUCUGUGUUGAAGGAGGUUAAGCCCACUCUCGAUCGCAAAAUGAUAAAACUUCUAACAUUUGAUAACUCGCUAAAUCCCGUUGUAGAAUGACGACGGCUAUCAGGUUUUCCCGCCAAAAUGACGCUGGUUCACGCGCGCGCACUACUUGGUAUUGAGGAAAUUUCGUAGUCGUAGUCGUACUCGUCUUAGAAUCUGAAGCUCUCUAAUAAGUCCUUUGGGGCCGAAAGAGAACAAUAGACCUUUUUACCGAUACGGCGGCCAUAUUGAAUUAAUUCGAUUUAAGGAGUAUUAUAGGAUGCCCAGGGGGCAUGAGCAUAUUUCAUUUGUAUUUUCGAACGCUUUUCGGGACAUUUUUUCUUAAAGUUUUCUUAGAAUAAGAUUGUAAUGGGAAAAAAGAUCCUUGUGCCGUGUUUUGAUGUAAUAAUGAUCGCCUUUUUCCCGAGAAAUAUACAGUGAAAGACCAUAUUUCUAAUACUCAACUAGAAAAAAGCGAUCAUUAUUACAUCAAAACACGGCACAAGGAUCUUUUUCCCAUUACAAUUUUAUUCUAAGAAAACUUAAAGAAAAAAUGUCCCGAAAAGCGCUCGAAAAUACAAACGAAAUGAGCUCAUGCCCCCGGGGCAUCCUAUAAUACUCUUUAAAUCUAAUUAAUUCAAUAUGGCCGCCGUAUCGGUAAAAAGGUCUAUUAGUUUGUCCCACGUAUGUCCACCUUCCACAGCACCUAGUAACCAUCACCCGGCACUGCAGACACAGGUAAGGCUUUGUCUUUGCCUGUGGCGGAUCUUGCAUAAGAGUACGGGGGGUUUUGCUUAUCUUCGGAGAAAAUGUAGACUGCGAUUAUUCCCUCAUUUUCCUCAGCGAUAGUUUAUAAGCGAGCGAUAUGCUAACGCGCGUGAAAAUCCCCACUCUCUAGGAAGGUCACACGCGGGUAGCAGUUUUAACGCGUUCGUGUAUUUCGCUCGCUUUGUAUCCCUGAGGAAAGUGAGGGACCACUUGUGGUUUAGAGAAAAAGUGCCCCGGAGGGCUUGCUCAAAAAGUUUUCAACAUGAACCGUAACAUCAACAUUGUUUUCAUCUUUGAUUCUUGCCGAAUUUCAUAACCAGUAACAAACUUAACUUUGUGAUGUUUAAGGUUGACGUUUAAUUGAUAGACCCCACCUUCUUAAAAAUAAAUCACUAGAACUGGUCCUUGUAGUUGUUUAGUUAAAUCGUCCCACACACCUCCCAAAGACGGACUCACCCGGUGCUUGUACCAUCGGAGUCCAUCUCAGGGAUGGUUGACUUUAAAUCUAACAUCAGUUAUUGUGUUUCGCUUUAGAAACAAGAGAUUCCUUUGAAGAGGCGCCCAAGCCUAGUUUGCCUCCAAGAAAACCGGCCAAAACCCCGCACGGGUACGAAAAUCUCCCUGAGAAACCCGCAGUACCCUUGCCACCGAGAGGACCUGCUCCUGACGGCUAUGUUAAUCUUCCCGGAAAGGAAAAAAGAUCUCUUAGUGAACCACCUCAGUUACCGCCAAGAGCUCAGCGACAAAGUCAUCUUGGUUAUGAAAAUCUUCCUUCAGGAGGUAGAGGGGCACAUCGCCCCGCUCCUGUUCCAUACCAGAAUAUACCACCACAAGGUAAAUAAGCUUGUGUACAUUUACAUCCAUAACUUUGAAAGGAUCCGAUAUCCAAACGGUGCCAAUUGAACAGUAGUGAUGCCGCACAACAGCACAACGACAAUAACUUUUUUGUCAUUCCUGAUACCCAAUGUUCACUAUGUGUACUAAACAACUCAGAUUCAAUUUAUUCUCUUCUACUGUAUAAAUAGAUCAUAUGUCAGACUGAUUCCCUGUAGGGGUAGGGACGCACUGUUGUCCGACGCUUGUAAGCGACUGUGCGCGUACCUUCAGGGUCCCCUACUGGUGGUUGACUGUACAACGAGCAUUGGAGAACGAGCACAGGAAACGGGAAAAGAAAAAUGUGAACUAAUCCUUGCUCAAACCUUAGCCCCAUUAGUCAUUUCUUUGAUCUUUCUCUGUUUUGUUCCCAAUUUUUAUUUUCCCAUUCCCCAUGCUCGUCGUCCGUUACCCGUUCGUCUUUUUAGUAAUAUCUACACUUUUUUUUCCUUGCUCUUCCUAAAGUUCUUAAAUGAUUAACAACACCCCAAUGACAUUAUUUUUCUCAGGUUUUUGAGUCAUUAUUCAGUGGCUAUGGUUGUCUAAUGUAAGUCUUCUUUUUAUUUUUGCUUUCUAGGGUAUAAUCAUUCACAAGGCCAGCAGCCCAGACGACCCCCAGCACCUCCUAUGACACGCGCCGCCACAUUACCAGCGCAUAUCAUAGAGAACACUUUAGGGAAAAUGGACUUGAAAGAGAAUCCAUUUUAA